AUGCAGAAGCAAGUGGAGGUCAGGAUGGGCGAAAGCCACAUGGAGCCCAUCGUCGAGACUCCUGACAGUAUAUGUGGCUCUAUGUGUGAUAAAAUCAUGAAGAACAUGGUUCUCACUCUCACAAUCCUUGGUGUGUUUCUGGGCUCCAUUUCUGGAAUGCUGCUGCGGCACAUAUCGCCUCUCCCCCCUGAUGUCAUUAUGAUCAUCGCCUUCCCUGGAGAGAUCCUAAUGAGAAUGCUGAAGAUGCUUAUUUUGCCUCUUGUUGUCUCCAGUCUGGUCACAGGACUUGCUGGUUUGGACGCUAAAUCCAGCGGUCGCCUAGGCACCAGAGCCAUGGUGUACUACAUGUCGACCACUGUGAUCGCUGCGGUCCUGGGAGUGAUCCUGGUGCUGGUCAUCCACCCAGGUAACCCCAAGAUGAGGGCUGGCCUCGGACAGGGAAAGAAGAACGGCGAUGUGUCCAGCGUGGACGCUUUCUUUGAUCUCAUCCGAAACCUUUUCCCAGAAAACUUGGUGCAGGCCUGCUUUCAGCAGAUCCAAACGGUAAUCACUAAAGUGCCAGUGCCCACUAACAGAACAAAAGCACCUCCACAGUUCACAGUUAAAAGGACGCUUCAGUUCAAGAGUGGGAUGAAUGUCUUGGGUUUGAUCGGAUUCUUUGUCGCAUUUGGAGUUAUUAUGGGAAAAAUGGGAGAAAGGGCCAAGUUGAUGUUGGACUUUUUCAACGUCCUGAAUGAGAUUGUGAUGAGGCUUGUUGGUGCCAUUAUGUGGUACUCCCCUUUUGGUAUUGCCUGCCUCAUCUGUGGAAAGAUCAUCUCCAUUGCGGAUUUGGAGGUGGUUGCUAGGCAGUUGGGGAUGUACAUGGUAACCGUGAUAGUCGGGCUCAUUAUCCAUGGAGGCAUCUUCCUCCCGCUGAUAUAUUUUGUGAUAGUAAGAGAGAACCCCUGGACGUUUUUCAUGGGAAUAUUCCAAGCUUGGGUCACGGCACUUGGAACAGCAUCCAGUGCUGGAACCUUGCCUGUCACGUUCCGAUGCUUAGAGGAGAACCUGGGCAUCGACAAGAGAGUAACUCGCUUUGUGCUCCCAGUGGGUGCCACCAUCAACAUGGACGGCACAGCGCUUUAUGAGGCUGUGGCUGCCAUCUUCAUCGCUCAGAUGAAUGGGAUUCACCUCGACUGGGGCCAGAUUGUGACUGUCAGUAUGACAGCCACCCUGGCCAGUGUGGGAGCGGCCAGUAUCCCCAGCGCUGGACUUGUGACCAUGCUUCUGAUCCUCACAGCGGUGGGGCUGCCCACUCAGGACAUCAGCCUCCUGGUUGCUGUCGACUGGCUGCUGGAUCGUUUCCGUACCUCAGUCAAUGUGGUUGGGGACUCCUAUGGAGCGGGCAUCGUGUACCACCUUUCCAAGCACGAGCUUGACCUUUACGAUCAACAGGCCCGGAUGGAAGAAUUUGAGAUGUCAAAGACACAAUCCUUCAUUGAAAAUAACACCAACCAGAAUGUAUACACACACCGCAACUCAGUCUUGAUAGACGACUGCAAGGUCGGCAUGGGCAAAAAUGGCAGGACUGGAGGGUUCUCUCUUGUUGAGGAAGGACCAUGGAAAUGCGAGUAAAGCAGAUCCAGAUGCUGCCACGCCUUACCCUGAGUUCCAGCUUUAAAAAUGAACCAAAAAAAAAAAUUACGUAGAAAAGA